CUCUAAUUCUCAAUAAUCCUUGAGCACGUCCAGGUCCCGUCCGCUGCAACCGCCAGCCAUAACACGGCCCAGGGUCGACAACCAACCUCCUUGCAAGCUCGUGCACCCACACGUUCUUCUGCUCUCUCAUCAUCACAUUUCUCUCGCUUGUUCCCCGGCAUGCUGCAAACCGACGGCGAGCCACCCAGCCCCGCACUUCCCCACCAACAAGGGAUCGUCCGUUCCGCCUCGUCUGGUCCUCACGGAGGUGCACCCGCUUGGAAGAGCAUCUUUCGCAUUGGAAGCCAGUCAUCGAAGAAGCUUGCAGGCAGCAUCACUCCCUUGACCGUUGACACCGACGGCGCGUUCUACACCGAGCCUGCCACCUUGACACCUAACACGUCGCUCACUCCUCAUUCCGUUCUUUCCCCCGACCAACGUUCGUCGUAUACCUCCUCGAACACGCUUUCGAGCGACUCGAGCAAACCGCUACCGUCCAGGACCCCUCAUCGGACACCCAGCACGCCUGCGUACAUGAAUGGUCAUCAGGAUUCGAGUGAUGUGCCCCCUUCAAAUGGCCACGACGUGAUGCGCACGCGCACCAAGUCAAAAGCGGAGAAGCCUCGUCUCUUCGGGCGUACCAAGACGCCCUUAACCGCGGACCCUAUCCAGUCAGGCUUCCCGACGAUCAACCAGCCCAGCUCAUCCAAGUCGGGGCCGCUCUCGCCUAAAGCUAUCGGUGCAAAUGCAUCGCGCUUCAUCCGGCGCGUCGCGUCUGCUCCGAAUGCGAAAGGUCUUUUCUUACGGACGACACCUGGAACGAAUACACGGAACGGCCUGCUAUCGCCUGGCGACCCAUCGCACACAGUUCACGAGAAUGGGCUAUCUGACCAAGGAACGAACUCCUUGGAGACUGUUUCCUCCGCGUCUUCGAGAGGGCAUCCGGUGCGCCCUAAACACCGUGCAUAUAGUACGACAACCAUUGACGUGUCCAAGACCAAGGAUCGCGUCACCAAUGCUCAAAAUCCAGUGGAUGGUCCUGGCAGGGUAGCAUUCCGACGAACGUAUUCAAGCCAUUCCAUCAAGGUGAGAUCGGUGGAGGUCGGACCGCAAAGUUUCCAAAAGAUUAAGAUGCUGGGUCGUGGCGAUGUGGGAAAGGUGUACCUGGUACGGGAAAAGAAGACAGGGAAGCUGUUCGCAAUGAAGGUUCUGUCGAAGAAGGAAAUGAUAGAGCGGAAGAAGAUCAAGCGAGCCCUCACUGAGCAAGAGAUUCUUGCGACAGCGAACCAUCCGUUCAUCGUCACGCUCUAUCACUCGUUCCAGUCGGACCAGUACUUGUACUUUUGCAUGGAGUACUGCAUGGGUGGCGAAUUCUUCCGCGCGCUGCAGUCGAGGCCGGGAAAGUGUCUAUCAGAAGACGCGUCCAGGUUUUACGCCGCGGAGGUUACGGCCGCACUAGAGUACUUGCACCUUAUGGGUUUCAUAUACCGUGAUCUAAAACCGGAGAAUAUCCUCUUGCACCAGUCCGGACAUAUCAUGUUAUCGGACUUCGACCUCGCAAAGCAGUCUGGCGCACCUGGAGGUCGGCCCGCCACCAUUCACCAGGUUGAGAAUGGGAUGCCCCUGAUAGACACCAGGUCUUGUACUGCUGACUUCAGGACCAAUUCGUUCGUCGGCACGGAAGAAUACAUUGCGCCUGAGGUGAUCGAGUCUUCGGGACACACGUCUGCAGUCGACUGGUGGACGCUUGGGAUCUUGAUCUACGAGAUGAUUUACGCAACAACGCCGUUCAAAGGCGUGAAGCGUGACGACACCUUCCAUAACAUCCUUCAUUUGCCUGUGCACUUCCGUGAUUCGCCUAAAGUGACAUUAGCAGGCAAGGAUGUUAUCACGCGCCUGCUUGACAAGCGAGAGCCGACUCGUUUAGGAAGUCAGACCGGCGCGUCAGAGGUCAAGCAGCACAAGUGGUUUGCUAAAAUCAACUGGGGCCUUCUGCGGAAUACGCAGCCACCGGUGAGUAUGACGUUUACUUUAUGGAUGCGCAUCGGGGCGAAGAAGCGCGCGGGCCUGGGUUCGCGGGAGACGUCACCGCCACCAUGGUACUGGGCAGCACUAUUCCAUUUUGGGACAACUUGGAAGAUUGCUCUCCCAGUGCCAUUACUGGUGGUCUUGGGAAGAAACCACGACGGUCGCAGUCGAGGUAACUUAGCCGAGUCCUGAACGCCUGAUCGACGUUCCAGAGACCGCUAAAUGCCGCUCCAUUCUUGCCUUAUUAUAUCCAUGUCUCCUAUUGUGCCACUUACUGACUGGAUCUUU